UUUGCACUCGAAUGGCGUCGACUCUCUCAGAUCUCAGCAUUGCUGCUGUUGUGAAAUCGUUUGAUUCUAUAUGUUGUAUGACGUCGUAUACUAAAGGAAGCGAAGGCGUACCGUCCGCAUUAGUUACUGAUGGUCAGCAUUUAACGUUUCCCGACGUUUUCCUUCCUCCGGCUGUUGCUGACGUGUUGCUGGAAUCUACUCUGCGGCAUUGCUACCAAAGUUGUCCAGAGCAUCUUUUCAAGUGGAUCAAUCCUUUCUUGGAUACUCAAAAGUGUCGCCUCACAAAAGUUGUUCUUCCUCGACGUCCACAGCCUGAUCGUCUUCUGCCUGUUGUAAUGGAUUUCAUUCUUUGCGGACUUGCAAAGCACACACUGACGGAGCUAAGCAUUGAUCCUAGCUGGAGGAUUGGUGCACUGACUAUCUCAAAAAUGUUGUCAAAAUAUCUGAAUACUUUUGCAUUGAAAAUACUGAAACUGAGAAACAUUAAUCUCUCGUUUAGUGGUGGAUUUCCGUAUCUGGCUUGUCUUUAUGAGCUUCGUGUUUUGAACCUUAGUGGGACAAACAUUGGAGAAGCUGAUCUAAACGCAGCUCUUAAGAAUAUGAGAAAUUUGGAGGUUCUUGAAUUAGCACAAGUGCCGUUUGGCAAUUUGGAUAUCUCACAUGUUGCUGAGACACUUCGCUAUCUCAAUUUACAAGACGUGGAUUCUCGAUUUUUAUCACAUGCUGCUUCAACUUUGAAGAACAUGCCUGUACUCCAGCAUCUUGAUUUAUCGUUAUACAAGAAUUCCGGAGGAGAGAUUCCCGAUGAACUAAUAGAUUCAAUGAUAUCAAUGCCAGCACUUCAGUCGGUUGAUCUAUCAUAUACCCUUGUCGACCCUGAUCAGGUUACAGUACUUGUUAGAAAGAGUAAAGGUGUAGAAUUGAAGUUUCUUGGUCUGUUGGGGACAUCAUAUGAUUACGUUUAUCCUGAUCAUCUCACGGUAACGGGAGUGUCAACAGUCAAGCAGGUUGUCUCCACGUUACAGACUCAACGUUAUCACAUUUUGGAGAUGUACAUGACUGAGUGUCUUCGAGAGAUGUUUAAGUUUUUGAAGAAUGACAUGAUUAGCAGUGACGAAUUAGAUAUAAUAACUCAGAUUGUUGUGUUGUUGAUGAAGAUGCAUGCAAGCAAGCGUUCAUUUGAACUUGCAGCAAGUGCUUGCUUGAUUCACUUAUUUGCAGCUCUGUGGAGAGGUGAUAAUCGAGUCCAAACACGUAUACUUCAGAGGUCUUGUGCAGAUCAAAUUUUGCUGCUGUUGGAAUCACCAACCUCCUAUAAUUCUUUUCAUGCCCAACUGCAUAUAAAUUGUUACAUAUUUUUGUCGGUCGCUCAUGAAAUGAUUUGUACAGAGAAAUAUGAACUGGAACGCAUUGCAGAAGUGAUCAUCUCAAAUGUUCAUGAGUAUGACCCCGUGACUGAUAUGCGUAGGCGUGCUCUUAGAGUUCUUCGUUCUAUUGUCUAUAGUCUUGACACUGAUGGAAGAACAACUGUUGGGAAGACUGGAGUUUGCACGCUGAUGAAGGAUAUUGUCAAGGAGAAGCUUGUUGCAGAAUUGGUUGAUGAUGAGCUGGAACAUGCAUUGAGUACAAUUUGGAGCCUUACUGAUGAGAAUGUUGCAAACUGUUGUCUUCUGGCAAGCGACGCAUUUGUUGACGACAUGAUCGCUCUGUUUAAUGUAUAUUCACAUGUUAAUAUUGAAUUGAAAAUCCAUGGUGGUUUGGGCAAUCUUUUAGAAGUCCCCUCAUGUCGAAGGUAUCUCAUGCGUGAUGAUUACUGCUCUCAAUUUGUAGACAUUUUACAGAAAGAAGAAACAACACUAGCACUUAAGUUUGAUUCGGCUCACGGUCUUGUAAACUUGGCCAUGGAGGGUGAGGAAAACUGGAAACUCAAUUGUAUAUCGUAUUGUGGUGCUUUGCAAUUGGUGGAACGUCAAGUACAAGAGUGGCCUCUAGCCUCCGAUCUUCGUUGUGCUUACAGAACAUUCAAAUCUCAGUUGACGUUACUAGAGGAGUCAGAGGUUCCUGCCGUACAUUUAUAUUCUCUCUGGACUAUUGCUAAUUUCUGCUACUAUGAUGAUGAACGUUAUGUGCCGAUGUUGAUCGAUGAUCAAGGCAUUCCAAUUGUCAAGAAAUUUUUCAACGAAAGCGCUGACACGAUGUGCAAUCAAGGAGUAGCGUGGAAUUGUCAGAGUUUAGCAUCUAAAAUAUUGAGUGCUGUGGAUGACCACUAAUUAAGUGAGGGACAAGGUUGCACACAGUAGCAUGUGUGUGACAAACGUGAUAACAUUGGUAGUGAUUUGGAUGUUUGUGUAUGAACCUUUGAUACUUUUAUACACGAUAUUGUAGAAUUGAUAACUGUGGUCUUAAUUAAUUAAAUGUGGUGUUUAAUCGA